GUGGUCAUGUCAGUCAUGGCAAGCAAGACGGUGAGCGAAAAAGCGAAAUGGCGGAGAAGAAAAUGCUCGAAACCUGAUGAGGACAAUGACUGUGCAAGUCUUGCUUGGCUUCUAAACUUUAGACUUGAUGAGUUCGUAAACGUAAAGGUCCCAGAUGACGAGCCCUUGGAAGACUUAAAAGUAAUUGUAAGUCCCGAGGCUCCUCCCGUAGCCAAGAAGCCACCGUUCACAUAUCCGGAACUGAUUGAGAAAGCUUUGAGGGAACGAGGGGAGUUGACUGUGUCUGCGAUUUACCAGUGGAUAUCAGAUCAUUACCCCUACUACAAAGUAAACGACGAACGCUGGAAGAAUUCCGUGCGGCACAACCUGUCCAUCAAUCCACACUUCCGCAAAGGCGCCCGGGCAUCCCAGGGUGCUGGUCAUCUGUGGUCACUCGCUGCUAAUGCCAUCGACCUUCUGCCACUAAGGAACCACACGUAUGACAAGACUGAAGAGGUUCUCGAGGCGCAUAUCAUUGAUUGUCCUAAGGUAAUAGUUUUGGAUGAAGCCGCCAUCGCUGCAGCCAGCAUUAUUCCAGACCAAGACAUAUUUAUGGGCAGCACAAUGUUUCUCAAUCCAGUAUCGACGGAACAGGUGGUACGAGAAUGUGGCCUCAUAACCGGCAUGUGAGAAGCCAUUGCGACCUUAUUAUAGUGAUUAGUUUGAUAAUUAUUUUAAUUACGUAAAUCCGUAAUUGAGUACGCAAUUUUAAAAAAUGUGACGCCUGGAACCUGGGGCUCCAAGAGGUUACAUGUCUAACUGAAAAGGUUACGCACAUACUAUGGAUAAAUAAAAAACAAUGCAGUCCAUUGCUUAAAUUGUGAUUAUCUAACUACUGAAAUAAACUGACAUUUGCUAAUGUAAAAUAAUCCUGGCAUGUUUAUUAGUGACCGUUUAGUUGUUAUUUAACUUGCACUUGCAUAAAGUCUUGAAUGACAUAUUAAUCUUUUUUUUUCUAUU